AUGCUUAAACGAUUUUGUUUACAAAUUUUACCUUCGAUUCAUGAUAAAACUCAAUGGCUUGAUCUUGAUUCAUCAUCUAUAAAACAUGUUUUACGUGUUGCCAAUUAUUCUAACUUAGAUAGUCUUGGUCUUUAUAAUAUUGAUGAAGAGUCAGCUCAAUGUCUUUUUACUGCAAUCCCUCCACUUCUCUAUCGAAUGUCAAAUCUAGAAGAACUCGAUUUAUGUCUUACGGUGUAUGUUGAUAAAACAUUUAUUGAUGGAAACCAUUUAAAGACAAAAAUUAUUAAACACAUACCACGAUUAAAUCAAUUUACAUUUUUUAUUCAAUCAUUCAUCUAUGUUCGUAAUGAAAUGAGUUUUCCAUCAACAGAAGAUUUUCAACACACAUUCAUUGUCUUUCCAAAUAAUAAAAUAAUUUCUUAUGUUGAUAAUUUUGCAGAUGUAAAACGAAGUCAAUGUCAUAUUUACUCAUAUCCAUUUCUAAUGCGAUAUUCUACCAGUAUUACAAAUAAUUUUUCAGGUGGAUUAUUUGAAUAUGUUCGUUCGGUGUCAUUAUUUGAUGAACAUCCUUUUGAACAUGAAUUUUUUCUUCGAAUUGUUCAAUCAUUUCCAUUUAUAGAAGGAUUAUCUUUGGCUAAUCGUAAACCACAAAACGGAAAACAAUCUUAUAAAUCAAACAGUGAUAAUCGAAAUUUACCACUUAUUGAAUAUUUUUUUCUUAAUGAACUUUAUAUUAGCAAUGUUCAUGAUGAUUAUAUAGAACAAUUUCUUUUUGAUACCAAAACGUAUUUGCAAAAUAAUGUUAUUCUUUAUGUCGAUUAUGAAUCUUUACAACGAGUAACAUAA